AUGCUAGAGCACAAGUACGGCGGUCACCUGGUGUCUCGCAGGGCAGCCUGCACCAUCCAAACUGCCUUCCGGCAGUACCAGCUCAGCAAGAACUUUGAGAAGAUCCGCAACUCACUGCUAGAGAGCCGCAUGCCACGCCGCAUCUCCCUGAGGAAAGUCCGGGUCCAGAACUCAGAGAGCUUCUCUGCUGAGAAAGCCCUGGUGGAGGGGUACAACUUUGUGGGCAUCCCAUUGGUGAGGUCCCCAUCUCUGCCAGCCACCAUCAGUGGGGCGCUGACCGAGCUGGAGGACUCCUUCACAGAACAAGUUCAGUCCCUGGCCAAGUCUAUUGACGAUGCCCUCAGCACUUGGAGCCUGAAGACCAUGUGUUCACUGCAAGAUGGGGGGUCAUACCAGAUAAGGGAGACCUUCAGUGCUAGCUCAGUGCAGCCAAACCAAGACUUAGAAGCCGAGCUGCAAGACAAGGAGAAGGAGGAAGGGCUCCUGCCAGACACCCUACCCAAGAGCAGCAGCACUCUCAUGAUGGCUUUUCGAGAUGUCACAGUCCAGAUCGACAACAAGAACAUCUCUGUCUCAUCAUCUACCUCGGUGUCCAUGGCAAACUGCCUCAGCAACAAUGCCCAAGCUGGGCUCUCUCAAGCUACCAAGGCUGAAGAAAGCCCGGGAGAAGGGGAGGGAGAAGCCAGCGAACCACCGGCUGCCCCAGAGAGCUUACCUGAGUCCACAGCUCUCCAGAACAGCCACACUUUCACCGAGGUGAAUGUCAAUGCUAAUGGCACGGGAGACAGCAGUGGUGAGCCUGGACAGAUGACAGUGCAGAAGCUCCAGUUUGAUGCUAGCAAUGAGACAGGGCAAAGCAAAGGCUCUGAGUCUGAGAAUGCAGACAACUCAGAGCAGCUGAGCAGCAGCAGCACCUCCACUUCAGCCAAAUCAGCCUCAGAGGUGUCCUCCAAAGAAGCACUGCAGGCCAUGAUCCUCAGCCUCCCGAGGUACCACUGCGAGAACCCAGCUAGCUGCAAGUCUCCCACACUUUCCACAGACACCAUGAGGAAGCGCCUCUACCGCAUUGGGCUCAACCUCUUUAACAUAAACCCAGACAAAGGGAUCCAGUUCCUGAUCUCCCGAGGCUUCAUCCCAGAUACCCCCAUUGGGGUGGCACACUUCCUGCUCCAGCGGAAGGGCCUCAGCCGCCAGAUGAUUGGGGAGUUCCUGGGCAACAGCAAGAAGCAGUUCAACAGGGAUGUCCUAGACUGCGUGGUGGACGAGAUGGACUUCUCAGGCAUGGAGCUGGACGAAGCCCUGCGGAAAUUCCAGGCCCAUAUCCGUGUGCAGGGGGAGGCGCAGAAGGUCGAGCGGCUCAUUGAGGCUUUCAGCCAGAGGUACUGCAUGUGUAACCCAGACGUGGUCCAGCAGUUUCACAACCCAGACACCAUCUUCAUCUUGGCCUUUGCAAUCAUCCUCCUCAAUACGGACAUGUACAGCCCCAACAUCAAGCCUGACAGGAAGAUGAUGCUGGAGGACUUCAUUCGCAAUCUCAGAGGGGUGGACGAUGGUGCUGACAUCCCACGGGAGCUGGUGGUGGGGAUCUAUGAGAGGAUCCAGCAGAAAGAGCUAAAAUCCAAUGAGGACCAUGUGACUUAUGUCACCAAAGUGGAGAAGUCCAUAGUUGGAAUGAAAACGGUUCUGUCUGUGCCCCAUCGACGCUUGGUCUGCUGCAGCCGCUUGUACGAAGUGACUGAUGUGAACAAAGUGCAGAAGCAGGCAGCUCACCAGAGGGAGGUUUUUCUCUUCAAUGACCUGCUGGUGAUCCUCAAGCUUUGCCCCAAGAAGAAAAGCUCCUCAACGUACACAUUUUGCAAGUCAGUCGGCCUGCUAGGAAUGCAGUUCCAUCUCUUUGAGAAUGAAUAUUACCCCCAUGGCAUCACACUGGUGACUCCAGUUUCAGGCUCAGAGAAGAAACAGGUACUACACUUCUGUGCUCUGGGUGCUGAGGAAAUGCAGAAGUUUGUGGAAGAUCUGAAAGAGUCAAUAGCAGAAGUGACAGAGCUGGAGCAGAUACGAAUUGAAUGGGAGCUGGAGAAACAGCAAGGAGCAAAGAGUCUCUCAUUAAGGACCAAUGGAGCCCAGAUGGAACUGCAGUCUAAGCAAGGUUCACCAACAGGCAAGAAGGAUUUGGGAGAGAAGGUCUCGGACAGCACAGUGGAGGUUUUAAUCAAUGCCUCCCCAGCCAGACUGACAAUUUUACCAAUUUCCAGAGAUACAAUUAAAAGUUACUGCUAG